AUGGCUGCUCUUUCUUUCUCUACAUCUCCUGCCGUAUUGCACAAUUCCGCUUCUCGGGCUCCACCGGCUGCUAAAAUAACUCCAAAAUCCGUUCCUUAUUUACCCAGUACAUUCGAAAACAGCAAAUUUAUUGAUACUAACAAAAUCCUUGAAGCCCAAUCUUGGAAAUGGAGAAUAGGGUUUUCUUUAUUACCGUAUUUCUCGAUCAAAGACAGAGAGAGCCUGAAGAAGGAGCUUCUUGAGGCUAUUGAUCCACUCGACCGCGGUGCAGCGGCUUCUCCUGAGGACCAGCAGCGUAUUGAUCAGAUUGCACGUGAACUCGAGGCAGUUAACACAGUGAAGCAACCACUCAAAUCGAGUCUACUAAAUGGGAAAUGGGAGCUUUUAUAUACAACUUCUACAUCAAUUCUACAAACAAAGAGACCAAAAUUUUUACGACCAAAUGGAAAAAUCUACCAGGCAAUUAAUGUGGAUACUUUGAGGGCACAAAAUUUGGAAACUUGGCCAUUUUUCAAUCAGGCAACAGCUAAUUUGGUUCCUUUAAAUGCAAGUAGAGUGGCUGUCAAGUUUGAUGCUUUCAAGAUUGCAGCUCUGAUAACUAUCAAUUCUCGUGGAAGUGGUCGAGGUCAACUGGAAAUUACAUAUUUGGAUGAAGAGUUACGGAUAUCAAGAGGCAACCAAGGGAACUUGUUUAUAUUGAAAAUGGUUGAUCCUACAUAUAGAGUACCUCUUUAA